CGUCCCCGCCGCCGCCUGCUCGGGCCAGCAGGGUGGCAGCCCGAUCAUGGAACCCGGGGAGCUCCGGGAGCCCCGCGAGCCCGGGCGGGGGGCAGAGCCCGCGGCGGCCCCGUGCUGGGAGGAGGCCAAGACUUUCUACGAAAAUCUCGCGCCCAAGAAGAAACCCAAAUCGCCCAAGCCUCAGAAUGCUGUCACCAUUGCUGUGUCCUCCCGAGCCUUGUUCCGCAUGGACGAGGAGCAGCGUAUCUACACGGAGCAGGGCGUGGAGGAGUAUGUGCGCUACCAGCUGGAGCACGAGAACGAGCCCUUCAGCCCCGGGCCGGCCUUCCCCUUUGUGAAGGCUCUGGAGGCUGUGAACCGACGGCUGCGGGAGCUGUACCCCGAUAGUGAGGACAUCUUCGACAUCGUCCUUGUGACCAACAACCACGCUCAAGUGGGUGUCCGCCUGAUCAACAGUAUCAACCACUACGACCUGUUCAUUGAGCGGUUCUGCAUGACAGGUGGGAAUAGCCCCAUCUGCUACCUCAAGGCAUAUCACACCAACCUCUACUUGUCAGCUGAUGCGGAAAAAGUGCGGGAAGCCAUUGAUGAAGGGAUCGCAGCUGCCACCAUCUUCAGCCCCAGCAGGGACGUGGCUGUAUCCCAGAGCCAGCUGCGCGUGGCCUUCGAUGGGGAUGCUGUGCUCUUCUCGGAUGAGUCGGAGCGCAUCGUCAAGGCCCAUGGGCUGGACAGGUUCUUUGAGCAUGAGAAGGCCCACGAGAACAAACCUUUGGCCCAGGGCCCCCUGAAGGGCUUUCUGGAGGCGCUGGGUAGGCUGCAGAAGAAGUUCUACUCCAAAGGCCUGCGGCUGGAGUGUCCGAUCCGCACCUACUUGGUGACAGCGCGCAGCGCAGCCAGUUCAGGGGCCCGGGCUCUCAAGACCCUGCGCAGCUGGGGCCUGGAGACGGAUGAGGCCUUGUUUCUCGCAGGAGCGCCCAAGGGCCCCCUCCUUGAGAAGAUCCGUCCACACAUCUUCUUCGAUGACCAGAUGUUCCAUGUGGCCGGGGCUCAGGAGAUGGGCACGGUGGCCGCGCAUGUGCCUUACGGUGUGGCACAGACGCCCCAGCAGACGGCGCCUAUGAAGCAGGCCCCCCCCAGCGCGCAGUAGCAGAGACACCCACAGUGCCCCCCACAGCUCCCUGUCCGUGCUCCACCAGGUCGUCCAGUGGACCCUUCUAGUUCCUCUCCGCUCUGUCCUUCUGCACGUCUGCCCCCAUCCCUAUGAGUGAGGUACUUGCAGGGAAUCAUGCAGACCGAGCCGGCAUCCUCACCAGCCCUCCUUUUGGCCAAACACUGUGCCAUGCUGUCGGCCAGGAAAGUAAGACUGCAGAGUAGCUGGGCUUCAGGGGGGGAGUUGGUGGGAAUGAGGGUGACAGUGUCAGAGGGGUCAGGGUGCCUCCAAGGAGGCUUGGGAUGAAGACUAGCUCAGUGUGGUGCAAAAACUUGGCUUUGAGAGAGAAGGCAUCCAGCUUCUCAGCUCUGUCCCGGCAUGAACUGAUGACUUUGGGUAAGUCCCUCCCUCUCAGGGACCUCAGUUCUGGCGUCUUGCAGGUGGUUUUCAAACUCCCCUGGAGCUGCAGAAGCGUGGUUCAGUAAGAUUGCCCUGUGCCAGGGCUGCCACUAGACCAUAUGGUACCUUUGUGCAAUUGGAGGAGAACAUUGUCUCGAGAAUGAAUUCCAAAAAGACAGCCAAACUGGGGUACGCGGCUUGCUCAGCAGCACGUAGCCUGAAUCUCAGCCCCACGGGCUCCUCGGCUUGGAAGCCUUUGUCAAAUGGGCAAAAUGCACAAUCCUCCGCAGCAGCCCUACCUCUAAUUCUGCACGUUUGGAAACCACCGGACAAGAUGACCUAUCUGCUUGCCGGUGAUCCUCUACUGUGAGUCACCACCCAUCAGGGGUCCGCCGCCAGCGGCAGGGAUUGUGGAGGGAGAGAGGAGCGAAUUUAACCUGCACGCAAUCUCUCCUUCCGCCAGCAGGGGGCACUGCAAGCUCAUUCCCGGGAGGAGCUUUCGGGACCGCCCGCUCAGGGCUCUCUUGGCUUUUGCUUUUAGCCAAAGUUGGGUUGUUCCUGCCUGCCAAUCCCCUCAUCUCGGCACUCAGUCCUUCAGUUACUGUGUGCUGCCAAGCAGCUUUGCCAGUGGGGAAGAGGUAGAGCGUUGGGGUUCGCUGUUGUGGGCCCAGAUGCAGGGGAAGAAAGCCCAGUGGCUGAAGUGGGAGGGUGUCCUGCUUGUGUCCGAGGGAAGGCCUGCUCAGGGUGACGUGGGAAAGUCUGGUCUGAGGCAGUGACCUGUUAGACAGGAAGGAGCUGAGAGGUGCACUAGCGAGAUUCUCCAGCUGUGGGACUGUGAGUGGAAGUACUGAGCUCUCUGUCACUGGGAUGCUGUGUAAGGGACCCCAGAAUGAGAUGGCCUCCCCUGCAACGCACCAGUGAAUCCUCCACCUUGCAGGAGCCUCUGCAGCCCCUUUGUGACCACUUCUAGGGAAGAACUCUCACUCUUUGGUGCAUCAGCUUCCUCUUUUGCUAACAAGCCUGGCUCUCCUUAUGAAGGGAGGGUGGGAGCACUGACGGCUGGUCCCUCAGGAAGACCCAGAAAGGGUGAGCAGCCGUCUGUGAGCGCGACUGAUUGCCUGGCUCCUAGGGCAUCCCAGCUGUAAGCAAGCACUUUGUGAAGAAAGCCAAAGGUACCGUCACAGGGGAUCAGGAGCCUGGACGUGUGUGCAGGAGAGCUGGACUGCUGCUGAGGGUGGGAAAAGGAGGUGAAGGGCUACCUGGGGCCUGACCUUUGUCAUUUUGUGGACUCAGCACAGGAUCGGAAUGGGUGCAAGUUCUGGGCAGUGUAGGGCAGGAUAAUAGUUGCAGAAAGUUUCCUCCAAGAUGAAGGGAAAAGUUUCCUCCAAGACUGCUCAAACUGAGCAAAACAGUUAAGGCCAGAAGAGGAGUGCCGGGCUGGGUUUUCAGUCUCUGUGUGGGAAGCUGGGCCUGGGGGGAAGGUCAAGGCCAUGCUGAGUUUCUGGGGCAGACCCCACCACUCAUCGCCUUAUCACAGGAGGAGUAUGUGAUGAUGAAUUUGUACAGGUCUUUCCAUCCACAGCCAGGAUCCUUCUGGCCAACAGAAGAGGCCUCAGGGCAGGGGGCUCGUUUUGAGCUCCUCCUUCUGCUCCAAGCCCGGCCAGAGAUACUGGGAGAUGCAAGAACAGCCUCUAGGAAAGAAAGGGAGGGAGAGAGUCAUCUUUGAUCUUGGCUGAGCCAUGAAAGGCCCUCUGUCCUCCCCGCCCCCCGUCAGAAUCACCCCCUUGGAUGAGCCUCUAGGGCUCACAGAGCCAACCAUAGCCAUAAGCAGCCCGCAAAGCUGGCGCAGUCGAGGUUGGUUCAUUGCAUGGUAUAGUCUGCGUGGCCAGAAUAGAUAUGUACCUUGGGCACCAGAUGGCGCCUAAUUAAGAUAAACCCCAGGGAUCCUGGGAACCAAGAGGUCCUGCCUCCAGGACCUAGUGAUAAACAGCCCUGAUUCUUCCAGGUCUCUCAGGAAGCAGAAGAAUAUGAUGCUGGUAGCAGAAAGAUAAGGUGCAGUAAAAGCUGUGGAUUUCACAGGAGCCCCGGUAAUAGACAUAGACAGCCCUGGGCAGUGCGAGACACUAGGGUCCGAUUCUAUUACUGAAACUGUAAAUGAGCAUCUCAGGCCUGGGAAAAAGCUCUCAGUGGCUGGAGUAACAGGCCAGAAUCCCGGAGGCAGGCGAGGCAGCGGCCAGACGCACGUUCUGAUUCUUUCCAGUGGUGAGGAGCAUUGUUUAUUGGAUCGCUGGGCAAAUUAAAACACCAGGUGAGCCUCAGAGCCCGUACUGGACUGCAGCACUAGGGCAGGGGGGCCCCAGCUCCUGAAAUGCUGGACCCCAGGAGCCCCAAGCACCGUGCCCCAACAAGUCCCUCAGAAUGCUUCCCAGGAAAUGCUUGCCCCCAAAGUCCCAGACCCAGUGAAAACUGCCACUUAGCAGGAGACCAAGCCCUGGUCCGAGACACUGAGACUGCUAAGAUCAUUGCAGAGCUGCUCCCUCCCUUCCCCGAGUGCCCAGUCAGAAUGGCAGGGGUGCAGCAGGCAACACCAGGAGAAACCAGAACCAGCGAGAAGCUCAAAUCCGAGAUGGAUCUGGCAUCAUAAUGAUAUUCAACUGGUGUGAUUGCUGGGCACCCGUACACCAAACUGGUGAUUACAACAUUGAAAUACCUCUAUAACAGUUGAUAAAUCAUGCUGGCCUGAGCCUCUGAGUGCCCCUCCGUGGCCUCCACUGCCCUGGCCUCUCUCCACUGUGACAAUGCCAUCUGCCCACAAGUCAGCAAAAAGGGGCAUCCAGGAGCCUGCACCAGCACAAUGGCUAUCGUCCACUCUACUUGCUCAUAUAGAGACAGUAACUUGCCCAAAGUCACACAGCUAUUGAGUGGCACUGAAGCCCGUGUCUGCCUCUUGGGACCCAGGCUCUCAGCCAUUGUGCCCUUCAACCCGGACAGCGCAGAGGCGGCAAGAGAAGCUUUGUGACAAAGGAGCUUGCCCAACAAUUAACGUGUUGACCUCCUUCAUGUUAAAAUGCUAUAAAACACGUGAGUGGGUGCAUUUCUGUUGUGAUUUCCUAAAUAGCUGGAAGUUAGAGCCAAACAUUUGCAGAGCGGCUGAAGCACCACCCAAGUUCUCUGGAACCCAGUUUGAAGGCCCUUGUAUGGGGCUCAUGCAGGCUUUGGCAAAUUAUGGGCCAAAUCUAGCUCACCACCUGUUGUUGUAAAGAAGCUUUUGUCGGAACACAGCCAUGCCCAUUGGUUUUGUACACAACAGCAGAGUUGAGUUGUUUCAACAGAGACCAAGUAGCUGAAAAUAUUUAUCUGACCCUGGGCUAACCAAACAUCCGCAGCCUGCCCCUCAAUGCGAGAGCCCAGCUCAUAGCCACCUGAGCACUGGCGGCAGAGGCUUGUUUCAGUGCCAAGGGGGCAGCGUGUGUGGGCUCCAUGCCCAUCUAUGGGCAUCGUUGGGGCUGCAGAAAAUUGCAGGCACUAGCUGAGUACCGUGAUGUUGCACACAACAAGAUCCUUGGCAUCGGAGGAUUUCAGAUUUCAAGUUUUGACUAUUUCCCAGUGCCCCGGGGCCUGUUGUAAUUGGAAAUGUUGUUGACUCAUAAAGUUGACUUGAGUGUGCCCUCCUCAGCUGAUGGGUGAGGGGCAGGGAGCAAGACCCCUGGCUAGGGCUGAGCCCAGAUGGCUGUCCAGCACUUGCUUGGCGCGGCUUUGCUGUUCUCAGCUCGUCAUUGCCCUCAUGGGGCCUCUUGGGAAGUGACAAGUGCUGGUAGAUGGAUGGGCUUUAGCUAAAUAUUGGUUUUGGAUAAAAUGGAGUGCCUGACGUUGACUUUAGCACUCCAGUCUAACACGUCAUCCAUAUGCUCUCCCUGGAAGCAAGAACAAGUUCUUCAUGAAGACAGCUCCAGCCAGGGCUUUUGCUGGCCCAGAAGUUACUGAUCAAGAAAGAGCUAAAACUCCAGUGAAAGUCAGAAUGGCGAUCUUCUUGUGCUGCGCGGGUGUGAGCAACACACAUACCCUCGUGGUGGAAUUGUGGAUCAGGAGACAUCUAGGACCCUGCAGAUAUAGGCAUUUACCCAGGUUCCAGGAUCCACUGCAAGAAAGACAAGCGUGGAAGUGGUCCCACCUGUAGACAUCACUGUUCCAUCAUGAUACUCUUGGCCCCUACGCCCAGACUUGGCCUCAGAAUCCUUCUCAACCUAGAAUUCCAGGCAGCCCCUACCAGCAAGCCGGAGUUGGCACAGAAGAUGAUACCCUAUUUUGACAACCCUAUGGGUAUUGGGUACUGCUUUCCAGAGGACACGCAAGGCGCUGAAUGUUCAUUCUCUGAUGCCGCGGUACCAAUCAGGAUGUGGGGGUCUCACCUGACUUGGGCAGGAAAUAAAGAGGAGGGAGGAUGGCAUCCUGGGGCUGGCAGCUUGCCCAGACUGGGUGCCUAGGAAACGGUCUGUGUUCUCUGGGUUUCACCGUCUCAAGGCGAAGCACGAAAACCGCUCCCAUCAGUAGGUGGCGCUAGAGGCCAGCACUCUGCCACUGGCCAAAGUUGGUGGUUUUCUCCACUGGUUAUUUUAUCUCCUAUGGUACUUAGUGCUGUGCUAGACUCCUGUGGGUAGCUUAGCCUAAAAGCCCUAUAGGUGCUCUGAAAAUUUCCUGUGUGACAAGCUGAUUGCUCUUACCAGCAACCACUGUGACUGUGUGUAUGGACACAUUCAUACAAGUGUGUGCAACAGGGUGAAAACUGCAUGUGUCCGUGUUUAUGUGGGUGUGUAAUGGGUCACAUAUCUCUGCUGACAACUCUGUGUGUGUGUGUGUAUGUACAGUGGACAGGAUGGUUAUCUCUGUUAACUAAGGAUCCUGGGCCCACGUACUUAUGGCCAGCCCUGUUUCGUGGGACUGCUUCUGGCCAUUCCCGUCAUCUCAUGGGCAUUUGCAUAUGUGCAGCAUGGGGGCCACUGAGGCCAAGUUCCCUAUCUUUUUUUCUGGCAUUAGCCAACAAGGUCUUGGCUCUUAACCCUCUGCCUCCCAGCCCUACCCCCUGCAGCCUUGGAAAGGAAGUGGCAGAAUGUGUGAUAGGACACCGCUUUUGGCUGCACCUGUCUCACGAUCUCCACUUCUUUCUUUCUUCCUGCUGAUUGUCCCAGGGCCAACAUGUGCAGUUGGGUAGACUGUAUACUGCACAGGUCCAGGUGGAGUCAUUCAUACUAUGACUUGAGUGGAGCUUUCUAAACACCUGUAAGACCUGCCAACCUCCCAUGGCUGCCCUGGUCAUCUCCCAGUCAUGGCUAGAAAAGUUGCCUUCUUCCCUGCCUCCCUGGCCUAGCCCAGCCUAGGCCUGGAUUCCUUCCUCUGCUUGGGUGUUCUGUUCUGGCCCAGAAGUGAAUAACCCUUGACCUUGAUCAGGAAGUAUCUCCUUGAUGCCCUCGGGACUGAAUUUAUGAAAGAGAAGCAUGGCUGGCAACUUUCCAGUUACACAUCUUUGCAGAGUGAGCGGUCUCUGUAGACAAACUGAGGUUCUACAGACUAGGAUUACUGCCUCCCACACUCCUGGCCUGUGGGCGUAGAUGCCUUCAUGGGCCCAUUGGUAAGAUGGGUCUACCACAGAAUUAGGGGAAAGGCCUCAAGGCUGAGCUUGGAGCUGCCACCAAGUAGAAAAUCAUGAGGUCACUGCAGACUAGAUGCCUGAGCCUGGUCACAAACUCUGAUGACUCCCAGGGCCAGGCAGGACACGUAAGUGAGCGAGCGGAUGAAGCCGGGUCUUGAGGGCAAUGGAGCGCACAUAUGCUGUUGUCUGACACGCUUGCUGCCACGUGGGAAUGUGCGGUGCUGCUGCCAGAUAUUCCACCCCAUUUUUCAAGGGAAGCUAAAAAUCUGGACUUUCAAAUGUUGGCAACUAUUUUGAAUUUAGGAAGCAUUGUGCAGGCCAAACAAAACACAUCUUGCACGCUAACGCCAGCCCUGGAGUCUCCUGUCUGCCCCCGCUGGCCCAGGCCCCGUGAACUGAGUUCUUCAGAACCAGCUGAGCGUGUGAGGGUAUUGCCCUCAGGCUCACAGAGUCUGGGGUCUCUAAGAGACCUCAGAGGUAGCCGAGUUCAUCCCUGUGUGUUCUAAACUGUGUACAUACAAAUUCCUUUAUUAACACACGGAUCUUUAGCUUCUGGUUUCUACUUAAAAGCAUCUCGGUCCCCCCAGUGUGGAACAAGAAUGAAAGUGAAGCCUUACACGAGCAUGCUUGUAUCUACCUGUCAGAAGCCCUAUUUAUAUCUUCAUAGGUCUAUUUAUAUCUUUUGCAAAACACGGGCUGCCCUGGUCUUCCUUACAACCUAACCUCCUACGGUGAAUCUCUUAAGUGCCUCCUUCGAGGGUUGGAGCAUGUGUUUCUCCAUCUGUGUGAGCUCCCUUGUCUGAAGGGGAGGUAAGACCGCUCAUACCUACUCCGCUCUGCGAUCUGCCCUCCCCACGCACCCCCGCCCCCGCUCGGUCUGGCUCCCAGCAGUUACCCGGUCACUGUGGAUGCCUCUCAUUCCUCAUGCUUGUCCUAUAAUUGACUUUCACAACA